UGUGGGUGGAAGGGAGAACAUGUCUGCGUCCUGUGUUACCAGUGAGAUGCUUCAUCACAUAAAACAAAUACCGAUAUUAUACACCAAGACUUCAUGUGUAAUCCGACAUAUUAGUACGUCGUGUUUACAAUGCAGCAGCCAACCGAAGAUGAGAGAAAAGAGCGCUCCACAGCAGCUGGUCGGAGUGGUCGGUUUGGAAAUCCAUGCCCAGAUUAACUCCAACAGCAAGCUCUUCUCGGGCUCUUCGGUUCGGUUCUCGUCUCCUCCAAACUCCCUGGUGUCAUUCUUUGAUGCAUCUUUACCUGGCACAUUACCUGUGCUGAACAGGCGGUGCGUUGAAGCAGCAGUGAUGACAGGGCUGGCUCUCAACUGUACCAUAAAUAAGAAGUCAUAUUUUGACAGGAAACACUACUUUUAUGCGGACCUUCCCGCUGGAUACCAAAUCACUCAGCAACGCCGACCAAUUGCUGUAGAUGGCACGCUGACUUACAGCCUCCUUGGAGGGAAGAAGAAGAGCCAGGUGAUCAGAAAAACGGCGCAGAUCAAACAGGUCCAGCUGGAACAGGACAGUGGCAAGAGUCUGCACGAUGACGUCCGGAGCCAGACGCUCAUAGAUCUCAACAGAGCAGGUGUGGGCCUAAUGGAGCUGGUGAUGGAACCAGACAUGAACUGCGGAGAGGAGGCCGCUGCAGCUGUCAGGGAGCUUCAGCUCAUCCUGCAAGCCCUGGGUACCUGUCAAGGCAACAUGUCGGAGGGCCAGCUGAGGGUGGAUGCCAAUGUGUCUGUGCACAGACCAGGUGAGCCGCUGGGCAUCAGGACUGAGGUGAAGAACAUCAACAGCAUCCGAUACCUGGCCAGAGCCAUCGACUACGAGAUCCAGAGACAGAUUGAGAUCGUGCAGAGAGGGGGGACGGUGCAAAACGAGACCCGGGCAUAUGAUUCCAAAUCAGGGCAAACUGUUUCCAUGAGGGACAAAGAAGGUCUUCAGGACUACAGGUUCAUGCCGGAGCCCAACCUGCCUCCUCUGACUGUGUACGAGGAUAACGCAUCACUGCCCACCGGCACUGAUGCGCGCCUGGCGGUGGUGGUGCAGAAGAUAAAGGAAGGGCUGCCAGAGUUACCCAGCGUCAAAAGAGACAGGCUGGUGAAGACGUACGGCGUCCUGCCAGAGCACAGCUACACUCUGGUGAACGAGGACGGGCUGACGGAGUACUUCGAGGCGGUGAUGAAGGCGACUAAGAGGGAUCCCAGGAAGGUGAUCGGCUGGGUGACAAAUGACUUGUUAGGCCACCUCAAACAAGAAGACGUGAGCGCGAGUCAGAGCCCAAUCUCUCCUUUAUCUCUGGCUGGGCUGCUGGAGCUGCAGGAAACGGGACACAUCUCCUCUCCGGUUGCCAAGCAGGUGUUCCAGGAGAUGUGUAGGUCAUCAGGAAAAAGCGCCCUGCAGAUCGUCCAGGAGAAGGACCUGGGUCUGGUCAGUGACGCUGCACAGCUGCACGACAUCUGCCAGAAGGUGGUGGACUCGCAUCCUGAUGAGGUUCACGCCAUUAGAAGUGGAAACAAGAAAGUUCUGAACAAGCUGAUGGGCCUGGUGCAGAGAGAGACCAAAGGAAGGGCUGACCCAGUUCUGGUGAGGGAGAUCCUGCAGCAGAAGACGUCAUGAAGGCCAGACGGCAAAAAUAGCAAGCGAGCGCUCAAGUGUCCUUGAGGAAACCAGACGGCGAUGUUUUAUGCAUCUGUAUAUAGACACUGACAAUUACAGCCAUAUGGGGGCUUUGGAGAGUUUGAUGAAGCCAUUUAUGACCAAGCCAUCAUGCUUAUUCUCUGUUGCUGACAUUAUAUUAUACUGGGGUCUCAGUCAUUAUGCUCUUUAUUUAUGAGUGGAAGAUACAUGUUUUAAAAGUAAUAAA